UCAAGAAAGAAGAACGAGGUUGUUCCGAGUGAGCUUUGUGACUGCGACCGCUGUUUCGCUGAUCGUUCCAAUGGUUCCAGAGAAGUUUCUCAUUUUCAAAAUUAUUCAGUGCGACGGAAACUUGCGAUGUAGUAUGCUGACCGUACCAUCGAUUAUGUUGCAGCUUAUGUUUCUGGUAAAGCUGUACGCGUGCCAGUUUAACAGUAGCAAAAUCAAAGAUCUCAUUGAUCGUCUGGAUAGCGACUGGAAGAAAUUGGAAGGCGCUGAUGAGCAAGAUAUUAUGAAAACGUAUGCCGCGAAUGCAAGAUUACUUUCUUUGGCAUAUUGCUGUAAGGCCAUGGAGAUAAGUAUGACAGCGAUGGUUGCGCACGAUUGCAUGCUUCUGAUUUGCAUCCAGCACAUCUGCAGCGUCUUCGCGGUGGCUGGAUUUAGAUUCGGAAUUCUAUCACGUAUUGAUCGCAACGACACAAUAAAUAAUGAUGUAUACGAUCAGAAAUUCGCAGUCUCCGUGUAUGCGCAUUGGCGAGCUUUACAAUUCGCGCAGCUUCUUGAAAAGACCUUUUGCGUUUUCUUCGCCGUACAAAUAAUGAUAGUUACAGUAGG